AUGCACGAACACGCGGAGCAACAAUCUGGAUCGAGUCGUGAUCACUACGCGAUCGGUAUUGAAUGCUCGAAUCCUGGUGCGUGCAUUGAUGGACGAGGAGAGGUGGGGAUCGCGAAGAUCAUUGGUGACGGAUCACUCGAAUGUAUUGGUGUGCGAGCACUUCCGGAGUCCAUGCGUGGCAGUGACGGGAUGAUGAGCGCGAUCGAUGAGCUGUGCACUGAGCUUGGGAUCGAGCGCGAUCAGAUCAAGCGCGUGGUGGUGUCCAUAGGUCCGGGUGGUUACACAGGACUCCGUGUCUCUGUGACGCUCGCGAAGGUUCUCGCGAUGGCGCUGGGGUGCUCAGUGGUUGGGGUCCAAACGGCGGCGGUCGCGGCGGAGUUUGUUGACUCGGAUGCGGUCAUCGCACUGGCUUCGAAGAACGGCAAGGCGCACUGCACAAGCGUUGAGGGCGGGGCGCUGCGUGUGAUCGGAGAAGUUGGUUCUGCUGAGAUCGCUUGGAUGAGCGGGGUUUUGGUUGGGGAUCGGCAUUUGCCUGAUCCGAUGCGUGAGGCAGCAAUAGGAGCGGGGAUGCGUAUCGAGGAGCUGCGGCUGGGUGUAGAAGCGUGUUUCAGAGCGUCUGAGGGGUGCUCUGAGACCGAUCCGGGGUCGUUGGCGGUGAUGUACGCUCGAGAGCCGGACGCGGUCACACAGUCAUCGAUGAGCAAGGACAGCACAGAUUGGUCUACGAAGAAGGUCUUUACGACUGGAGAAGCGGCGCAGGUCUGCAAGGUUUCACAGCAGACGAUUAUCCGCUGCUUUGAUUCUGGAAGACUCAACGGAUUCCGAGUUCCCGGCUCGAAGUUCCGAAGGAUCCCACGCGAAGAGUUGAUGCGCUUUAUGCGAUCCAACGACAUUCCAUUGGAGGUUCUGGAGAGCUCGCUCAAGCGGAUUCUCGUGGUUGAUGAUGACCAGCAGAUCGCGUCUUUGAUCCAAGAUGUGUUCGGGGAUGACGGGCGGUUUGAGGUGCGUGUGGCGCACAAUGGAUAUGACGCGGGUAUGGAGACAGAACGCUUCCAGCCUCACCUGAUUUUGCUUGAUUACAUGCUCCCUGACAUCAACGGCGAUGUGGUGUGCAAGCGUGUGCGUGAGCGUGAUUCGCUCGCUGAUACUCGCGUGCUUUGCAUAUCUGGGGUGAUCGAGUCCGAGGAGAUCGAGGGAUUAUUGGAUGCGGGGGCGGAUGGUUUCCUGAAGAAGCCGUUUGAUCUCGGAGAGCUGAUGUCGCGUGUCGAGUCGUUGCUUGACAUGAAUCAACGGAGCGCGGGGUGA